AAAUUAUCGCCCCGACCCAAACAAGGAAAAUUUCAGCACACAUCCGAACCGGAAGAUUCAUUGCAGUUUCCGGAUCUGGAGGAAGGUGGCCUUGCAACGUACCGCGCAGCGAUCGUCCAGAAUCAACAUCUCGCCGUACUCGCAAAAAAGCUCUACCUGGAGAAAUUUAUGCUGUACGCGCAUGAGUCGGACCUGUGCCACGAGCUGGAACUUCGCCACGCUCUGCCGGACAUUCCGAUCUGCAAGGUCAUCGAGUGCAACGGCCCGACCAGCACGCGCGUCUACAUGAUGGCUGAUUACUUCCGCGGCAAACGCCUGGCCUGCUCCAACGGCCACAGCACCCAGCAGGCCGAAAUGAACGCGGCCAAGCAGGCGCUCGAAAACUCCAAGGAUUUGUUCCCACAGUUGGAUCGCCAAAAGCGCACCAUUGCGCAGAGUUUGAAGCGGCAAAAGGUGAGGACCGAUGACCGGUCCGCCACGAGCGACGCGAUUCUUUGGACUCGGGGACGAACCCGUACCGGAAGCGACGCCGCAAGGUGGAUCUCAAUCCGGAGAGAUUGAGUAGUGUUUCUCAAAAAAUAAAGAUUCUGGACAGUUACAUACUAAUUAUGAACUUGGAAAACAGUGUAUUGUAAACUAGAAUAAAAAGCCAC